AUGAAGCCUCUGCUUGGAAACUUGUACCUCCUGGGGAUGCUGGUUCCUGGGGAGCUGGGAUAUGAUAGAUCUGUAGCACAGCAGAGACAAGAAGCUGUGGAUAAGGUAGUGAGUCCAUGGAGGAUCCUGGAGACAUAUUCCUAUAACAGAUACCACCCCAUGGGGGAGAUCUAUCAGUGGAUGAGUGAGAUAAGGGAGAUGGUGACAUAGCAUUUCCUAGGAAUGACCUAUGAGAACCGGCCCAUGUAUUAUUUGAAGGUGAGUGAGAAGAUUCUACAGAACUAUAAAUACAACUCAAGGGUGAGAAGUCUCCUUAAAAACCUGGACUUCUAUGUGCUUCCGGUUCUUAACAUAGAUGGUUACAUCUAUACUUGGACAACUGAUUGGCUUUGGAGGAAAUCCCAUUCAUCCCAUAAUAAUGGCAUGUGUUUUGGGACAGAGCUCAAUAGAAAUUUCGAUGCAUCCUGGUGUAGUAUCGGUGCAUCUCACAACUGCCAAGGACCCAUGUCUGAACCAGAGACUAAAGUUGUUUCCAGCUUUUUCGAGAGCGAGAAGGAGAACACUGCCUGCUUCCUGACCAUGCACUCUUACGGGCAGCUCAUCCUCGUGCCUUAUGGCUACACCAAAAAUAAAUCAAGUAACCAUGAACAACUGAUCCAAGUUGGACAGAAGGCAGCAAAUGCAUUGAAAGCAAAGCAUGGAACCAAUUAUAGAGUUGGAUCUAGUGCAGAUAUUUUAUAUGCCACUUCAGAGUCUUCAUGAGACUGGGCUUGGGACAUUGGGAUCCCUUCCUCAUAUGCAUUUGAGCUGAGGGACAAUGGUACAUAUGGGUUUGUCCUGCCAGAAACUCAGAUUCAGGCCACCUGUGAGGAAACCAUGGAGGCUGUGCUUUCAGUCCUGGAUGAUGUGUAUGAGAAAUACUGGUAUUCAAACAGUGCUGGAAAGGUGACAUCUACUGCUGUGGUGCUGAGCUUGCUGAAGUCCUUCAUCUUUCUUCUGUAG